GCCGCGCUCCUGAGUGCCGGCGGCUCGCUCCACCCUGGGCAGGGGUGGGGGCAGCUGCACCUCAGUUUUCUAUACCCCCCAACCACCCCCCAGAAUUGGCACUCGCGGCAGCUGGGAGCCCGGAUGCCUCACCUGAGGCCAGGUAGGUCUCAGGCGCCUCCCAAGGACCAUGCCACAGCCCCACUGACCCAGGAGUAGGGGCCUGAGGGGGCACCCGGAAUGGGCUGUGUGUUCUGCAAGAAGUCGGAGCCGGAAUCCAAGCAGGAUGCCGGCCUGGAAGGGGACUUCAGGGACCAUGGGGCUGCUGACCGCUAUGGCCCUGACCCGACUCAGGCCCGGCCUGUGUCCUCCUUUACCCACACCCACAACCAGGACAGCUUCUACCCGCAGUCUGCCGGAGCCCCCUUCCUUGACGGGGGCAACCUCAGGGGCAUCUCAGGGACUGGAGUGACCCUGUUCAUCGCCCUCUAUGACUACGAGUCCCGAACAGGCGAUGACCUCACCUUUGUCAAAGGUGAAAAGUUCCACAUCCUCAACAACAUUGAGGGUGACUGGUGGGAGGCCCGAUCCCUCAGCUCCGGAGAGACUGGCUUCAUUCCCAGCAACUACGUGGCCCCUGUGGACUCCAUCCAGGCUGAAGAGUGGUUCUUUGGAAAGAUCAGCAGGAAGGAUGCUGAGAGGCAGCUGCUCAGCUCAGGCAACCCCCAGGGGGCCUUUCUCAUCCGGGAGAGCGAGACCACCAAAGGCGCCUACUCCCUAUCUGUCCUGGACUGGGACGAAACCCGGGGCGAGCACGUGAAGCAUUACAAGAUCCGCAAGCUGGACGUGGGAGGCUACUACAUCACCACGCGGGUGCAGUUCGACACCGUGCAGGAGCUGGUGCAGCACUACAUGGAGGUGAAUGACGGCCUGUGUCACCUGCUCACGGCCCCCUGCGCCACCAUGAAGCCGCAGAUGCUGGGCCUGGCCAAGGACGCCUGGGAAAUCAGCCGCGAUUCCAUCACGCUGGAGCGCCGGCUCGGCACCGGCUGCUUCGGGGACGUGUGGCUGGGCUUGUGGAAUGGUACCACGAAGGUGGCCGUGAAGACGCUGAAGCCGGGCACCAUGGCUCCAAAGGCCUUCCUGGAAGAGGCGCAGAUCAUGAAGCUGCUGCGGCACGACAAGCUGGUGCAGCUGUACGCCGUGGUGUCCGAGGAGCCCAUCUACAUCGUGACCGAGUUCAUGUGCAAAGGUAGCUUGCUGGAUUUCCUCAAGGAUCAGGAAGGCCAGGCUUUGGGCCUGCCCCACUUGGUGGACAUGGCAGCCCAGGUAGCAGAGGGCAUGGCCUACAUGGAACGCAUGAACUACAUUCACCGAGAUCUGAGGGCUGCCAACAUCCUGGUGGACGAGCGGCUGGUGUGCAAGAUCGCGGAUUUCGGGCUGGCCCGUCUCAUUGUGGAUGAUGAAUACAACCCAAGACAAGGCGCCAAAUUCCCCAUUAAAUGGACGGCCCCAGAGGCUGCCCUCUUUGGCAGAUUUACCAUCAAGUCGGAUGUGUGGUCCUUUGGGAUUCUGCUCACUGAGCUCAUCAGCAAGGGCCGAGUCCCUUACCCAGGCAUGAAUAACCGCGAAGUGCUGGAACAGGUGGAGCACGGCUACCAUAUGCCGUGUCCCCCCGGCUGCCCAGAGUCCCUCUACGAGGUCAUGGAGCAGACGUGGCGUCUGGAGCCCGAGGAGAGGCCAACCUUUGACUACCUGCAGUCCUUUCUGGAGGACUACUUCACCUCCACAGAACCCCAGUACCAGCCUGGGGACCAGACAUAGCCUGUCUGGUACCAGCCACCUCUCUAGGGCCUCUCUGGAGCCCUCCCCAUUCACCAGGCUCUGAUCCCAGGUCCUCAGGCUUCGAACCCUCUAGCAUCUUGUCUAGGAUGAAUCAAAGGCAACCCACUCAUUCGGGGGGCGGGGGGAGGGAGGCAUUUCCCACAGUGCUCAGGGACUACUCCUGGCUCUGUACUCAGGGGUUGUUCCUGACAGUUGUCAAAGUACCAAGCAGCCCCAGGAUCAAGCCCAGGUCUCCCCCUGCAAAGCCUGCACUCUGGCACAUUAGACCGUUUCUCCCUCCCAACCCACUCAUUUUAAAGAUGAAGCAAACCAAGAUCCGGAGACCAUCUCUAUUCCAACCCACGCACUGUCUCUCUCCCUCCUACUUAAGCACCUAUAUGCUUCCUGCCUUCCUGCCCCAUCCUCUUGCCUGCCUGCCCCAUAGCAGUCUCUCUCCUCACACCAAAGCAGAGGGAAAGAGAGAGAGAGAGAUGCUUCAAUUUUGUUCACUUAUUUAUAAAACAGUAUCUCUUUUGGGGCUGGAAUGAUAGUAUGGUGGGUAGGCUGCUGGCGCCUGCACACAGCCAACCCUGGUUCGAUCCCCGGCACCACAUAUGAUCCCCCAAAUCCUCCAGGAGAGCUCCCUGAGCAAAGAGCAGGAGUAAACCCUGAGCACUGCUGAGUGUGGCCCUCAAACAAACACAUGAUGUCUCUUUUCCUUCGCUAUCUCCAACACCUUCUUUCUUGUCCCAUCGUCCUCCCUGUCCAGACCUUCCCGGACUUCCCCUCCGGCCCCACACUCCCGUGUCCGCCAUUCCAGCCCGGGUGCUCUGUGGCUUUCUUCCUGUGCGUGGGCAGGGGAUGGUCCAAAACUGGGGGCACCUUGCUCAGGGCCCACCACCUCUCUGAGUCGUGUGUGGUUAUUG